GUAUCGAAUUUGACAUUACCUUGUUGGGCGUCUUUUCCAUUUCCCUUUAAUUUUGAAAUUUUUUUUUCUUAAAAAAUCAAAAUGUAAAAGGUUCAUCUACAAUAACUGGAAUGUAGCUGUAUCGUAUCUAGUGUACUGUGUAACAUCACUUAUCGCCCCUCUAUUGAUCAUCAAUUAACCAAUUUGUUGCUAUGAUACCUUGUGUUUAGAAUUUCAUUGAUUAUAAAAUUCAAAUAAUGGCAGCAUCUCAAGGUGCGACUAAGAAAACUAGUGCCACAGGCUUAAACCGCAACAAAAAGACAGGACCAAAAUUCGAACUGUCAGACGAACAGAAGACCGACAUUCGCGAAGCCUUCGACUUAUUCGACACCGAGGGUGCUGGUAAAAUCGACACAAAAGAGCUUAAGGUGGCCAUACGUGCACUCGGCUUCGAGCCCAAGAAGGAAGAAAUUAAAAAGAUGAUCGCCGACAUCGACCCUGACGGUACUGGGAAGCUUUCGUUCGAAGAGUUUCUACAGUUAAUGUCCGUGAAAAUGGCGGAGAAAGAUUCAAAGGAGGAGAUAUUGAAAGCCUUUCGUCUUUUCGAUGAUGAUGAUACUGGAAAAAUCAGUUUUAAGAAUUUGAAACGCGUCGCCAAAGAGUUGGGGGAGAAUUUAACGGACGAGGAGUUGCAGGAGAUGAUCGAUGAGGCUGACCGGGAUGGGGACGGUGAAAUUAGUCAGGAUGAAUUUUUACGAAUUAUGAAGAAGACCAGUCUAUAUUAAUUAAUGUUUUUUGAUCAUUUGCAAUGUGCACAUUUCUAUACUUAUUCUUAUGCUUUCAUUUUGUAGGUGUUUUAUGAAUAAAUGUUUUAUUUUUCUAUA